AAGAGUUUUAGUCCAAGAGUAAUCUCUAAUUGUUUCUUUCUAUUUCUAAUUUCAAGAUUUCAAUGGAAGUUGUAUCAACCAACAUGAUCAUAGCAAUAUGACUGAUCAAUCAGCUCAGUAGGACCAUUGCUCAUCUGGCAAAUACUCAAAAUAAUGGAAAAAUAACGUGGCAUUUUGUCACUUCAUGCCUACUUUCGCAAUAUUACACCCAUCCAACACUAUUUCCAACACCAUGGCUAACAGGUUCAGAAUUUCAAAGCCUCUCCAGUUAUAGUUGCAAGAUCUUUUCAGCACCAGGAAAAUGAAGUAUCUUACACAGUAAGCUCGUUUUCGAGGUUCGCUUUCAAUCCCACCUUCAUCUGAACCAGUCCUACUGCAUGAACAAUGGCAACAGGAUCUGAAAUAUCAUCGGAAUCCGUAUCUGUAACGAAAACAGAAAGAGAAUCCAGAAAGUUGAGCAGUAGUCAACUUGACACAACUAUCCAUGGAUCUUCUUUAGGGGAACUGCAGAAAGUUGAAGGUGGGCUUGACACACCAGAUGAGAUUAUCAGGAAAUCCACAAAAAUAGAAGACUUCGAAGCAGCACCAAAUGGUAAGAAUGAAACUGUGAGUCCCAUUUUUGAAGGCAACAUUAAUACUUCUGAAGGUGAAAACUUUUUGGCAUCACCCUCACUUUCCAAUGUUGCUGCAAGAGAAACAUGCGGAGCUUACGACAUUGGUGAGGCCAAUGAAGAACUGAUAAAAGAGGGAGGGUUUGAAGAAGAAACCCAACUGCAGAAAGAUCAAAUAAGUGAUGCUAAACAAGACAGACAUGGCAUCAAAGAAAGAGAUAAGAUUGAUCCUGUCUCAGUAGACAUGAGCUUAGAAAAUGAAACAGAAGAUGAAAAGUCUGAAAAAAGCUCUGAAUUUCCAUUAAUAAAGAACAUUGAAGAUCAUGUGGGGGAGAAACUUUCUUCUUUACCUAUAUUGCCUGCCUCUGUUGAACAGAACUUGCAGGAAGGACAAAUAAAAACAGGAGAUGAAAGCAAGGUUGGUGAAAGAAAUGGCACUCAGCUGGAAAUACCUGGUCUAGAUGCUGAAACCAUUGUGGAUGAACAGGCUUCCAUAGAAAACCCAAAAAAUACUGAAGAUGCAAAAUUAGAGUUCAGAGGAAAGGUUAUUCAAAUACUCAAGGUAGUCCCACAUCAUGAUCAAGAAGUUACAUUUCUUACACCAGAUUCUACUGGAGAAAGCUUGAAAGUAGAUGCUGCAGAAGCUUGCAUCAGGGGGGUGAGCAAAGACAGUAAUGAAGUUACAGACGUUACAACCAUCAAACAGGAUGUGGAACAGAACAUUCAAGAAGCAGAAUGCAAAGAGAAAGAGAAAUCAACUAAUUUAGCAGGAAUGGAGAAAGGUUCCCAAGCAAUCGGCCAAAUUGAAAAGACAGAAGAAGAGAAACAACAUGGAGAAGAAAGCCCAAAAGAUAGCCUUGAAAGUUCCUCUAUAUCAACGGUCAAAAUGAGUGCAAAGAUCCAAAAUGAUGAAGAGGACACCUUAGUCAACAAGGAGGAAAUCCAUGAUGAUCUUGAUAUCCCAAGUCUUGCAAUGUCAACAGAAACAAGCUUAGAGAAAAUUGAGCCACAAGAAGGUGGGGAGCAUGAAGAGACCUCUAAUCUUGCUUUGGAAAAGGAAAGUCCAGACUCAAUUGACUCAAGCAAGAAGAUAGAAAAUGCUAAAAGAAGUAUUGAUCCUUUUUUCAUUAAAGACAAAGAAACUGCACGAAGAGAAGACGAGAAGCUGAUAUUGUCAAAGUCAGAGGUUCCAACUGAGGAGCCUUGUGUGAUAGAAGGAAAAGACCAAACUAACAUUAAUGAAAAAAUCAAGGGUCUAGAGAACUGUGAAAGGACUUCCAAAGAAGAACUUGCUCAGCCAAGCUUGCAGAAUGAUGAAUCAGAUGUGGAUAAUCUUGAAAAACCAUUGGUUGUGAUGUCUGAGCAACUUCAGACGGCUGAAGAAGACAACAAUGAGGGGAAUCUAGAGGCAACUGAUCCAAGUGAGAUGACUGUGUGUAAGGAAAUAGAGAGAACUAGCAAAUACCUUGAUGGCACAUCUAUUACACAUUCAUUGAUUGAAGAAACUGCAGAAGCAAGUGAAGAACAAGAGAAAGUCGCCAAUCUUGACAGAGCUCCUCUAGGAGAGGGAAAGCACAUUGAUGCACUGAGCAAAAGCAUGGAGGAAGCAAUUUUAGAACAGGAGAAAACUAUAGACAGCACACCAACAGUAGGGUUGAACCUACAAACAAGUGGAGUGGAAGUUGAAAAACCUGAAAAGUUUGGUUCAUUGUACCCUAUGGAGAAAUUGGAAAUCAUAGAUUCCAGUGAGAAAAUAAUAGUGGAGAUGGCAAAACAAGGAACUGAUGAAACAAGAUUGCAUAAAAUUGAAACAGAAUGCAAGGACAUUGAGAAAAUAAUAGAGGAAGACAGUCACAUUACGGAACAUAAUACUCUAUCUGCUGGAAAUAAAACAGUUGAUCAUAAUGGUGAAGAAGAGGGAAAUAACGGCCUGAGGAAAUCAGACCCUGAUAUGAGAAGCGAAGAUCAGAGUUACAAAACAGAUGAUACUAAUGAGGCUGCAAAGAAUGCAAUCAUAAACAAAGAGGUUUCUGAACAACCUAAAAUAGUUGGUCCACAUGAAGAAGGCACUGAACAACAGGUCAUAAAUGAAGAAAGCACUGUUAAUGAUCUCUUGACAGAAUCAAUUGCAGAAGAAACUUCUAAAGAGGGUUCCCCAGAAGACCAAAUAAAGCCCACCGGAGAGGUAAGUGAAGAAUUUGUAACCAGUGAGGGUGAAAAAACAAAGAACAGGAUAGUAGAGAACAUCAGUGUUAAGGACAACUCCACUGGUCCUGUUAAAGAGAACUGUCAGGAAACUGAGAUACCCAGGGAACUUGGCACUCACUGUGCAGAAGAGCAAACCGAGAAGCAGAUUGUAAAGGAAGAUAGCAUUGUUGAGGACAUCUCCAAGGUAUCCACUGUAGAAGCAGUUAAAGAGAGUUCUCAGGAAGAUGAAAUGGAGGCAGAGAGACUCAAUGAAGAGGUUAAAGACUUCAGUUUAGAACCAUCAGAACGAAACAUUGAAGCAAUGGAUUGCAGAGAGGAGGCAGAUAUGAUUAUUCUAAAGCAUGAAACAGAUGCAAAUAAGAGCCUUGAUCCUUCUUGCAUUACAGAGGAGGAAAUAUGGAAGAAAGAAAACACUAUGGAUCAUGUAGCAUCUGAAUCACAGGAAGUUGAACCGGAAAAAGAGAAGAUGGAAGAUGAGUGCAAUCUUGUUUCUGAUGAGAAAAUUCUAGCAACAGCUGAGUCUGCAGAAAAGGAAAUUUUUGGAGCAGAGCAUCUAGAUGAAGGUGAAAAUGAAGAAAACAUAAUAAAGUCUGAAAUGCUAGUGGGAGCUUCUGAAACAGUAUCAAAAUUUGAAGACAAGGGGGCUGAAAUAACUAGUGGAACAGAGACCACUGCCAAUAAGAAGAAUUCAAAUGAAGAGCUUGAGGAUGAAGAAGGUGAAAAUUUUAACUUCACUAAGUCAGACCCUGAAAAGAAUAUCUCUGAGUUUAAAGAUGACAUAAUCUUACAAAGGAAGAAAACUAUCGAAUGUACAGAUCCCAGUGAAGAUAGAAAACCAGAAAUGUUGAAAGAUGACAAAAAUUUGGAGACAAUCCCAGAGAAGAUCAAAUUGGAUAUAAAAAACUCAUUUGAUGAAUUCUGUGAAGAUCUUGAAAAGGCUGGUGCAUGUGAAAACACUGAAAAGGAUAACCUGGAGUUGGAGCAAGAGGAGGGUAUUGUUAAGAAAUUUGAUGAAAGCAUCCACGGAAGUGGAAAAGAAGACAAGGUCGAGAACGUGACAGUUAAAUUAGAUCGCAAUCCCACAGAUGUUGAUUCAGGUGAGAUUCUUGAAAGGGACUACGAAUCAGUGGCUGAGGAUCAAAGUCACGUCACAGUCCUGAAAACCGAAGAGAGCAAAAUUCAGGAAGAUAGUAUGGCUAUUAAGGACUACAAUAAUGCAUCUUUUGAAAAUCAAGUGGUUACUCAAAUCUUUCAAGGAGAUGAGCAACAAAGCACCAAUAUUGAGGGCAUAGAACCCAAAUUGGAGAUAGAAGAUCACACUGGGGAAAAGGAGAAGGCAAAUGAGGCCAUCAAGAAUGUUAUUUCAAAUGAAAGUGAAGAGGGAGAUGACAAAGUUGAUAUAAAGAAUACUGAGAAACAAGUCAUAGAGGAAGAGGACAAUGCCAAGGACCUCCAUACAGAAUCCCUUGGAGAUAGGACACUUGAGGUCAGCUCAAAUGUGGACUCUGAUCUUGUAUCAACUGAGUUGAUCAUCAAAGAAACAGCCAUUGAGGAGACCACAGAUACAGCGACAUUAAAAGAUAAGGAAGAACUGAAUAAGAACCCUGAAUAUUCUCUUCUUAUAGAAUCAUCAAGAGAAGAAACAAUAGAAAAAGAAAGUAGUCAGAAGCAUAUGGAUGACUCUUCUGUUGUACCUGAGGUGUCUGAAGAACAGGUCGUAGAUGAAGAAAUUAUUGACACCCUCUCCACGAGAUCAGUUGCAGAAGAAGCAGUUAAAGAAGUGUCUCAGGAAGUCAAAAAAGAACCUGUAGGAGAGGCACAUGAAGAACUUGAGCCAACCAGUAAAAGUGAGGCCACCAAGAAAAUGACUGUCGAGGAAGACAGUGCUGCUAAGGAUCACUCUACAGUACCUGUCUCAGAAAACUCUCAGAAAGAUGAGAAGUGCAGGGAACUAGGGACAGAUGAUGCAAGUGGGGUGACAGGAAAACAGAUUGCAGAGAAUGACGGCACCAUUAAGGACAUCUCAGUGGUGUCCAUUGAAGAAGAAGCAGCUCGAGAGGGUUCUCAGGAAGACAAAAUGGAGGCAGAGAGACUCAAAAAUGUUAAAGAGUCUGAACAAAUAUCAAUGGAGAAGAACUUUGAAGCAACAAAUCACACAGAGGAGAUAAAGGCAAUGAUGACUUCAAUAAAUGAAGAAGACUCAACUAACUGCCCUGAUGCUUCCUGUGUAAGAGAAACAUCAAGUGAAGAAGUACAACAGAAGGAUAACAACGAGAAGCUUGCUGUUUCUGAAGAACAGAUCAAAGAGGCUUUAGAUAAAGAAGAUAACAAUAACAAAAACCUUGACAUGGCACCUAUCACUGUGGUGACAGAAGGGACAAGCUUGCAGGAAACUGAACCAGGAGGGCAUGUAGGUGCUUCUAACUUUCCUUGUGAAGAAAAAGAUCUACCAACAACUGAAACAAAACCAACUGACUUACAGGGUAUACAUGUUGAACAUGUCAAAAUUGAGAAGACAACCAAUUCAAGUGACAAAACAGAAAAGGAGAUUCUAGCAGCAGAAAAAGUGAUUAGAGAUGAAGGUGAACCAGAAAGGAAGUGCGAAAUGCAGGUAGAAGUUUCUGAUACAGCACUGGGUUUUGAUGACCAAGGUAUUGAAAUAACUACUCAAACAGAGCCUACUUAUAGUAAAGCUCCCUUAGAUGACAAAUCAGAAGAAAAGCUUCAUGAAACUUCUACAAUUGCAUCCAAAGAACAGGAACUGGAGUCUAUUGAAGAAAGUAAGAAUAUAAAAGAUGAGGCUCCAGUGGAAAAUGAAACACAAGAUAAGGACAAAGAAAUUGCUUUUUCUGCAAACACAAUAGAAGAGAUGUCCACACAAAAAGAAGAGCUCAAGAAGCUUGAGGAAAUCCCUCAAAUGCAGUCCGAUGAUACUAAGAAGGAGAAUCCAAAUCAAGAGCUCCAGGAAGAAAAAGGUGAAAAGCUAAACAAGCCCACUGAAUUAGAUGCUGGAAAGCACAUACCUGAAUUAAAUCAUGAUUCAACUUCAGAGGUAGAGAUUACAAAAGAUAUUGAGGCCAGUGAAAAUAGAAAAAUGGAAACACUGAAAGAUGAGGAAGGCUUGGAGGAAAGCUUGGAGAAUGAAGGACAGCCAUUUGACAAGGUACCAGAAUAUCUUGAAAAAACUGGUCCGGGUGCAAACACUGAAAAGGGUAUCAUGCAAUUGGAGACAGAGGAUGAUCGAGUUAAGAACAUUGAAGAAAGCUUCAAGAAAAGUCCAAAGGAAAGUAAGUUGGAGAAUACAGCCACUAUAUUGGACAAAACAGAUGAUAAUGAAGAAACAAUAGAAACUCCUGAUGCUGGAAAGAAUGGGAAUCUUCAAGAAGAGAUCCUUGGAGAUGUUGAUCCAGGUGAAAAACUUGAAAGGUCCCAUGAAUCAUUUGAUGAAGAAAGUGAGAAUCUUGAGAAAGCAGAACCUGAAUUGAAGGUUGAAAAUGAUCAUAAUGAGCAAGUAAAUAAAUUAAAUGACACUGCAAGAGAAGAAAUUUCAAAAGAAGAGUUAUCUAAAGGGAUCAAGGAUGCUUCUGCAAGCGAGGAAUUUUCAGAACAGAUCUCAGAGGAAAAUGGAGCUCUCAAUAACCUGUGCCCCAAACUUGUCAAUGAAGAAACAAUUAAGGAGAAUAUUCAAGAAAGCAAAAAGGAGGAAAAUAAGGUUGAAGAACAAGCAACUGCAUUGGAGCAUGAAGAUCAGAGUAAAGCAUUGGAGGUUGUAGAUGAACAAAAAGAGAAACUAAAUCUGAUUCCCAAGGAACUCAAGGAUGUAGGUGCAAGUGAGAGCACUGAAAAAGAGGUCACAGAGGAAAAGGGAGUUUCCCUGGGCCCGUACCUAGUUUCUCUAGAAGAAAAGACAUAUAAGGAAAGCCAGGGAGAUGAAAAAGGAGAAAAGGCAACAACUAAAUUGGACACUGAAGAUCAGAAUUAUGAUUUGGAGGUUGAAGAACCAGAUCGAGCAAAUGAGUCUGAAACUUUAAACGGAGAGAUUUCUAAUGAACUUGACAAUGCUGGUUCAAUUCAGAAAACUGAAAAGAAAAUCAUAGAGGAAGAGCAAGCCCUGAAGGAAACUUGCAGAGAAUUUUGUGUUGAUGAAAUUAUCAGAAGCCAUCAAGAGGAUGAAAAAGAGGGCAAGAAGAUUGGGGAGGAUGGAAGCAAAAUGGUCUCUGGAGACAAGAAUGGUGAAGAGAUAGGCAAAAAUGCUACCACAAAAUACAGUAUCGCAAAGGAAGAGGUUAAAAGCUCUCAUUUUGUACUGGAAGAGCAGAAGUUAGAAAUGGCAGGCUCUAACAACCAGAUAGAAACUGUGACCAUGGAAGACAAGGGAGAACCACAAGACAAAGUAGGCAAUGAAACUGAAGAAAUCUCUGAAAUUGUGCCUAAAAUAUUGAUUCAUGAAAGAGUCAAGACCAAUGAAGAUGAAGCUGAAAGUACAACUGAAUAUACAAGUGCUCAAAAAGACCUCAUUGAAGUUGAGAAGCUUAAGAAUACUUGCUCUAACUUGGAAUCCAGUUCAAGUGACAUUACUGAAGACUUGCACAAAAAAGACGAAGAGGUUCCAAACAGUAACCAUGACACAGCUCAAACGGAGGCUUCAUGUGAAGAAAAGCCAGAGAAUGGAAGCCAGGUCAUGAGAGAUGAUGAAAUAAAAACUUCAAUACCUGCCAAGCAAGCAGAAACUGAAUUGAACAUCCAAAAAGAAAAAAGAGAAGGAAGGCACUUUAGCGAUGAGGCUCCUGUAGAAGAAAUUCUAAAGAAAGAAGAUGAAGAGAAGCAUGAUGAUGGAAAGAUUCACAAAACAAUAUGCGCAGAAAAUAAUGGAGAAACCCAAGUUCCAGAAAAGGAAGACAUGGUAGUCAUAUUAUCUACUGAACAAGCAACUAAAGGGAGAGAUAUUACAGAUGAUGCUGAGGUGUUUGAUGUCUUGCCUGAUAUCCARCCUCCAGCUGAAGAGGUAUCACCAAAAGCAAGCACAAAAAAGGUUCCAGAAAUCACUGACUCUCCCCAGAGCAUCGAGACAUUCCAAAAGGCCUCUGAUGCAAUACUUGAAGAAAGGACCACAAGAAAAGAAGUUUCAGUUGAGAGCACAGAAACAAAUAUUCAGACUGAAGAGAGAGAUAUUGUAUCCAUGUCACAGCAUCCAACUGAGAAGACCUUGCAAGAAGCUGAAGUGGAAUAUCAGAGACCUGGAGAAGUUUCAGAAAUUGAGCCAGGAGAGAAGGUAACAUUGGAUACAGAUAAGGUUUCAUUAUUCGAUCUCCUGCAGAGAUCCACAACAGAAACCUUGCAGAUGGUUGCACAGGAUAUGAAGCCACAAGGCAGUGAUGAAGAAUUGCAUAACGAACAGCAACAAACCAAUCAAGCAGAAGGAGAAAAAACAGAUGAAGAGAAAGAUGAAGAGGAAGAAGAUGGAGACAGAAAGGCAGACUCGGGCUCUGAUGCUCCAGUAAUGGUAGAAGCCCUUAAAGAUGUGAAUAUUAAGCCAACCCAUAAGAAAUCUCACAACAUAUUAUCUGGUGUUGGCUCCAAGGUUAAGCACUCAAUUGCCAAAGUGAAAAAGGUCAUCACUGGUAAGUCAUCCCACCCAAAGGCACCAUCGCCAAAAUGAGAAAGAAGAUAACUUUUGGCAGUUAUAACCAAAGGAGGUGAAUGACGGACCUAGUUUGAAAUCUCACAACAUAUUAAUAGCCUUUUUGUUAGUGCGACAUUUUCCUGAGGUUUGAGCAUGGUGUGUACUUGUACAUUGUGAAUAGUUUCUGUUUGGUUCCUUCCUGCAUAUUUAUUUCUACGAAGUCAGUUCAAUUCGAUUGUAAAGAGUUUGUUUUACUGGAGAACAUGAUUGUGGUUUGUAUAUAUGUAAAUUAAAUGGACUAGUGAGGUAUCAUACACUCUCUAUUGCA